AACUCAGUUCAUAAGAGGGGCCACCAAUUGUUUUAUAUUACACAUCCAUUGUUUGCUUCCCUGUCUUGCUUAUAAUUUUUUAUACAUAUAUGAUAGUCUCCUCAUAAGCCCGAUGGAUAAGGAAUGGAUAAAGGAAAACCCUGCGAGUAAAGAGUAUCAGAAUGGUCUUGAUUUUUUUCUAGAUUAUGCAUACACCAAAGGAAAUCCCCUAGGGAAAGAGAUUUUGUGUCCUUGUGCGAAUUGUUACAAUACCAAUUGGCUUACAAGGAAUGAAGUACGAAAUCAUUUAAUCGCAUUUGGAUUUCAAAAAGGAUAUGAUGUUUGGGUUCGACAUGGUGAGAAGAAACUAAAACCCGGUGAUCUUAAUGAUAAUUAUAUGAAUCAUGAAGAAGAUCAAAUCGACGAUAUUUAUGGACUAUUGCAUGAAAGAUUUAGAGAUGUUGUACAAGAAGAAAAUGAAGUAAAUGUAGGCCUCAAUGAAGAUGCAAAAAAGUUCUAUAAUCUAGUCGAAGAAGCCAAACAAGAUUUGUAUUCGGGUUGUAAAAACUUCUCUAAAUUGUCGUUCACCAUCCGUCUUUAUUUAUUGAAAUAUCUUUAUGGUUGGAGCAACAUAUCAUUCAAUGCUCUCUUAGAGUUGUUGAGAGAAGUUAUGCCUUCAUUGAACAUCCCUGAUACGUUCAGCAAAACCAAAGGUAUGAUAAGGGACUUAGGGUUGGAUUAUAAGAAGAUCGAUGUUUGCCCUAAUGAUUGCAUGAUAUAUUGGAAAAAUCAUGAGAAUGAUACUUCUUGCCAUGUUUGUGGUGCUCCACGGUGGAAUGAAGAUGUAAAAGGAGAUGAUAAAGUUGAAAAAAGUCAUAAGUCUCAUAAAGUUCCUUUGAAAGUUUUGAGGCACUUUCCCUUGAUUCCAAGACUUCAAAGACUGUUUAUGUGUUCAAAGACUGCUAGCUCAUUAAGGUGGCAUGAUGAAGAACGUUCGAAAGAUGGGAAGUUGAGGCAUCCUGCAGACGGAGAAGCAUGGAAAGAAUUUGAUAAAUGUCAUUCUGAAUUUGCUGAUAAGCCGCGUAAUAUAAGACUUGGGUUGGCCAGUGAUGGAUUUAAUCCAUUUAGAACCAUGAAUUUGUCUCAUAGUACUUGGCUUGUGGUAUUAAUACCAUAUAACUUUCCACCUUGGUGGUGCAUGAAGGUUGAGUAUUCUAUGUUGUCUUUAUUAAUCCCUGGACCACGUUCACCUGGGAAUAACAUUGAUGUGUACCUUCAACCAUUGAUAGAAGAAUUGAAAGUGUUAUGGGAUUUGGGUGUAGAAACAUAUGAUGCAUCACUAAAUCAAACUUUUCAAAUGCGGGCAUCUCUCUUAUGGACUAUUAGUGACAUUCCUGGGUAUGCUAUGUUGAGUGGCUGGAGUACAAAAGUGAAACUAGCAUGUCCUUGUUGUAAUUAUAACACUAAUUCAAUAUAUUUGAAUAAUAGUAAAAGAAUGUGUUAUAUGGAUCAUCGUGUUUUUUUGCCCGAGGAUCAUAAAUAUAGGUCAAAUGUUAGGAAUUUCAAUGGGAGCAUAGAAGAUAGACCACCACCAGAGUUGUUAACUUGGGAACAAAUCUCAAAUAAACUAAAGGACGUCAACAAUGAUUUUGGUAGGUUGCAAAAGAAAAGUAAUAAUGGUCCAUGGAAGAAAAAAUCAAUAUUUUUUGAGUUACCAUAUUGGAAGCAUAAUACUUUACACCACAACCUUGAUGUGAUGCAUAUAGAGAAAAACAUAUUUGAUAGUAUAAUUGGGACUUUAUUGGAUAUCCCAGGAAAGACAAAAGAUCAUAAAAAUGCACGUUUAGACUUGAAAGAGAUGAGUAUUAAAAAGGAACUUCACCCCAAAGAGGUAGAUCAAGGAAAAAAGUCAGUGUUUGCAAAAGCAUGCUUUUCCAUGACUGCAAAAGAGAAAACUAUUUUUUGUUAUGUAUUGAAAAAUGCAAAAAUACCAGAUGGUUGUGCUUCAAACAUUUCAAGGUGUGUUCAACUUACUGAAAAGAAAGUUAGCGGAUACAAGAGCCAUGAUACACAUUUCAUGUUGCAUUACUUGCUUCAAGUGGCUGUGAGAAGUGCAAUGCCAAACCAGAUUCUGCAAAGCCUCAACAAUACAAUGAACAAGUCUCAAGAAGCAUUUGAGAAGAAAAAAAGUAUUCCAAAGUUUAUAUCCAUGCCACUUACUGAAUGUCUAGAUAAAAAUAAAGAACAAAAUGGAGUUGAGGAAUUUGACGAUUAUGAUAUAGAAGAAAAUGAAAUGGAAGAAUAUAUGGAUAAUGGUAGCAACCAUGAUAGUGAGGAAGUUGAGGGAACAUGUGCAAAUAAAGCUGAAGGUAAUAGCUUAGGUGCUUCAUCCUCAGGACUUAUAAGAAAACGAGGAAAGACUUUAUGUCGGAAAAUUCAUGCACGAGAAUUCAAAGAUAGACAAGAGAUCACCUUGAAUGAAGAAGGACAACCAAUUGGGCCAGAUGAAAAAACAGUGUCUGAACUCAGUAGUUUUUUAGGGACAAUAGGAAGAAGUUCAGAUUUAUGUCCUCUCACUUUCACUAGUUGGAUUGCUUUGGUUAAGUUUUGGGAGCAACACAAUAUAGAUCCUGUGUGGGAUUAUGUCAAUGAAAAAUACAAUGUUCCAAAGGAAGGAAGGAAGGUUGUAUUUGCUAUUAUAAAUGAUGCUUGGAGACGAUACAAAUGUUUUCUUAAAAGGAAUCAUUUUAGUAAGUAUAAAGGCUUGCGCGAGCAACUAAAAAAUCGUCCACGAGAGGUACCAGAAGAAGAUUUUAGAAAGUUAUUGGAUUAUUGGAGAGAUAAAAAAACUCAAGAAGUCAGUCAUCAAAAUGCCGAAAAUAUAGCUCAACUAAAAUGGAGACAUCGAGUGGGGAAUAAAGCCUUUGCUGUUAUAAGAGAAAAAAUGCGUGAAAGUAAUGAAGAUAAAGAACCUCCAGCGCAGGCUGAAAUGUUCAUUGCUACUCGACAAAGUAGAAAAGGAAAGGAGUUGGAUCAAGAAACUAACCAUGCAAUAAUAAAGCUUCAAGACUUGAUUGAAAAUCAUGGACAGCCUUCUUCAGAAGCUUUUGAAAGUGUAUUUGGCAAACAAAAACCUGGAAGAAUGUGUUGCCAUGGAAGAACCACAACACCGUCUCUCUUGAAAAGAAAUGAAGAAAUUGCCAAACUAAAAAAAGAGCAUGCAGAUGAGGUUAGACAAUUUAAUGAUAAGAUAUAAGAAAUUGAGGAGAAACGUCUUCAAGAUAAGGAAGAAAUGGAAAGAAAAAUGCAACUGCUUCUUAAGACCAUUUUGAAUCAAAACACCUCAGAGUUGAAUAUAGAGGCUCUCGCAGCUCUGAUAUCAGCUCCUGCAACCGAUGCUAACAGUGUCUUACGUUCUUCUGCAUCAACACAUGCUCCAACUAAUGAUCAAGUAAUUAAGAUUGAAUUGUCUUAUGCUUUACAUUAUAGUUUUAGAGCUUUAUAAUAAUCUUAUUUUCAUUUUAUUACUUUUAUUUUGCAAAUCAUGAAUGAUAAUAUCAAUGAAGAUUUUCAGUCAUUCGAUGAUGAAGAG